AUGGAUCCGCUGUCGAUGACGGCUAGCAUCUCUACCGUUCUACAGAUCACCUCAGAGCUUAUCGGCUAUCUUAAAGACGCAGGGAAUGCGACGAAAGAGCAGGAUCAGGCGGCGGUCGAGGCUAGAAAUCUUUGUACCUUGUUGACUUUUCUACGCUGCCGAGUGGAAGGAGCCCGCUUUGACGAUCCAUGGUUUACUCAAGUGCGGUCGCUGGGAAUGGAAAAUGGCCCGCUGGACCAGUUCAAAGCCUCUCUUGAGACAAUAGUGGGCAAAUUAUCAUCAUCCAGGAAAAGGGAGCAGAUCAAGUCAGCACUACUGUGGAAGCUCACCAAGCAGGAUGUGGAAAGUAUACUCAGUCGGAUAGAGCGUCUCAAAACGCUCAUCAAUUGUGCCUUGACAAAUGACCUAACGACGUUGUCGAAGGCAAUCUACGACGACGUCGUCGCUAUCAAGGAACAGAAUAGUCAACUUCAGAGUCGCACGGUGGCGAUUCAUGACGACGUCAUUAUUGUAAAAGAACGAACGGAGCAAAUACAGAGUCUUGCGGAUGAGGGGCAGCGAAAUAGAUUGUCACAAUGGUUGAGACUACCAGAUCCGUCUACCAAUUACCACGCGGCGCUUCAGAAGCGUCAUCCUAAGACUGGGCUAUGGCUGCUCAAUGGCCAAGACUUCCUUGAUUGGAAAAGCUCGACAUCUUCUUUAAUGUGGCUCCACGGAAAUGCGGGUUGUGGCAAGACCGUCCUCAGUGCUGCGACGCUGCAGUAUAUUCUGGAGGAUCAGCAGCCUCGAUCUGACCUAAUGGUGAGCUAUUUCUACUUCGAUUUUAAUGAUAUUGAGAAGCAGUCCUGGCAAAAGGCUAUACGAUCGUUGUUGUUCCAGCUUGCUCUCCAGGACAGUGGUAUCAUUCAGCAUCUUGAAAACCUAUGCCAAAAAUGCGCCAACGGACAGCAGCAGCCCCCUGAAACCGACAUGCAUUCACUAUUUAGAGAGGUAGUGGCUCGUCCCCGUCAGAAGUUUAUUGUCUUUGACGCACUGGACGAAUGUACAGACCGGGAAGAAUUGUUGUCUUUCCUGGUCGAGUUGAUGAGCUCGAAACCACGGGACAUUCAUAUCUUAGCCACUAGUCGUCGGGAAAAAGACAUUGAAGAAGAACUGACUCCGGUUGUCGACCAUAACCUCAAUAUUCAAAGUGCCCUAGUGGAUUCUGACAUUCGUCUCUACAUUCGCGAUCGGAUGGAGACAGACAAGAAACUAAAGAAAUGGCCACCAUCGGUGCAGGAUGAAAUCACCACUGCAUUAAUGGAGAAGGCCGGAGGCAUGUUUCGAUGGGCGUAUUGUCAACUUGAAUCCAUUCGUCAAUGUGUCAAGUUAAGUGCCCUCAGAGAGGCGCUGUCAUCCCUACCAGAGACCUUAGAUGACACGUACAGACGAGUCUUACAAGGCCUCAAAUCAACCGGCCAACUUCAAGACGCUAUUAAGGUUCUGCGGUGGCUGUGUUUCUCCGAUCGUCCUUUGAAAUUGGCGGAAACGGUCGAAAUUCUUGCAAUCGAGACUGGAGAUCAAGGUGGAUUCUUCCCGGAGGAACGUCUGCCUGAUCCAACAGACGUAAUGGUUGUCUGUUCCAGCCUAAUCAGUCUUACUACCAGAAAAGAGGAGGACGACAGCGAUUCAGAAGAUGAUAGGAUCCAGGUUCAACUUGCACACCUUUCUAUCAAGGAGUUUCUCUUAUCUGAUCGAUGUCCCUUUGGAGUGGAUAUUCGACCGAAAACCUGCCACUUCGCAAUAGCAGAGGGUUGUCUGCAUUAUUUGCUGUACCUUAGUCAGAACGGACCCUGGACCGAAGCGGUCGUCAAGGAGUAUCCGCUGGCUUUAUAUGCGGCGGAGCAUUGGUGGCAGCAUACACGAAACACUAGGGGUAUGCUAAACGAUACCUUGUUAGAUCUCGUGUUAUGCCUCUUGACGGAUGAGGAUACUGCUCUGCUUUCGUGGUUACGGCUUUACAAUAUUGAUAGACGACGGCGAAAAAUACAGGUGCGUCUGCGGUCUAAUGAAAUUGCCCAGUCUCUCUACUAUGCUGCAUAUAUAGGGGUACCGGAAAUUGUCGAGAGAAUCAUAAAACGAACUGUCAAUGUCAACGCUCAAGGAGGAGAGUAUGGGAAUGCACUGCAGGCCGCAUCAUUUCGUGGCCAUGAGACGGUGGUGCAGAUGCUGCUAGAUGCCGGGGCGGAUGUCAACGCUCAAGGAGGACGCUUUGGCAAUGCGCUGCAGGCCGCAUCAGCACGUGGCGAUGAGAAGGUGGUGCAGAUGCUGCUGGAUGCCGGGGCGGAUGUCAAUGCUCAAGAAGGAGGCUAUGGCAAUGCGCUGCAGGUCGCAUCAGCACGUGGCGAUGAGACGGUGGUGAAGAUGCUGCUGGAUGCCGGGGCGGAUGUCAAUGCUCAAGGAGGACACUUUGGCAAUGCGCUGCAGGCCGCAUCAGCACGUGGCGAUGAGAAGGUGGUGCAGAUGCUGCUGGAUGCCGGGGCGGAUGUCAACACUCAAGGAGGAUGCUAUGGCAAUGCGCUGCAGGUCGCAUCAGCACGUGGUCAUGAGACGGUGGUGCAGAUACUGCUAGAUGCCGGGGCGGAUGUCAAUGCUCAAGGAGGAUGGCAUGGCAAUGCACUGCAGGCCGCAUCAUUAGAGGGCCAUAAGACGGUGGUGAAGAUGCUGACAGAUGCUGGUGCCGUUAACUAA